AUGGGCAGGUUGAGAUUCUUUCUCAACACUGUGCAUCAAGGUGGGAAUUUUGAUGAACGAACUUUUAGAAAUUAUACUAUGGAAUUUGAAGCGUGUCAAGCAAGAAAAGAAGAAGUGCCUGAUGGUGUUUUCUUUGCAAUGUUCUUGGCGGUGUUCUUGUAUAUACGUUUAAGAAUGAUAUAUAGACAGAAUCAUAGCAGGCCUAUAACAAAUUACACAUCUUCAACUAUAAACGAAUUAACUCCAACUUUUCCAUUUCCUGCAACUAUAAACGAAUUAACCCUAACUUUUCCAUUUCCUGCAACUAUAAACGAAUUAACUCCAACUUUUACAUUUCCUGCCACUAUAAACAAAUUAACUCCAACUUUUCCAUUUCCUGCAACUAUAAACGAAUUAACUCCAACUUUUUUUCCAUUUUCUGCAACUAUAAACAAAUUAACUCAAACUUUUCCAUUUCCUGCAACUAUAAACGAAUUAACUCCAUCUUUUCCGUUUCCUAUAACUAUAAACAAAUUAACUCCAACUUUUCCGUUUCCUGCAACUAUAAACGAAUUAACUCCAACUUAUCCGUUUCCGGCAACUAUAAACAAAUUAACUCCAACUUUUCCAUUUCCUGCAACUAUAAACGAAUUAACUCAAACUUUUCCGUUUCCUGCAACUAUAAACGAAUUAACUCCAACUUUUCCGUUUCCUGCAACUAUAAACGAUUUAACCCCAACUUUUCCAUUUCCUGCACUUAUAAACGAAUUAAGUCAAACUUUUCCAUUUUCUGCAACUAUAAACGAAUUAACUCCAACUUUUCCAUUUCUUGCACUUAUAAACGAAUUAAGUCCAACUUUUCCAUUUCCUGCAACUAUAAACGAAUUAACUCCAACUUUUCCAUUUCCUGCAACUAUAAACGAAUUAACUCCAACUUUUCCAUUUCCUGCAACUAUAAACGAAUUAACUCCAACUUUUCCAUUUCCUGCAACUAUAAACGAAUUAACUCCAACUUUUCCGUUUCCUGCAACUAUAAACGAAUUAACUCCAACUUUUUCGUUUCUUGCAACUAUAAACGAAUUAACUCCAACUUUUCCAUUUCUUGCAACUAUAAACGAAUUAACUCCAACUUUUCCAUUUCCUGCAACUAUAAACGAAUUAACUCCAACUUUUCCGUUUCCUGCAACUAUAAACGAAUUAACUUCAACUUUUCCGUUUCCUGCAACUAUAAACUAA